CGGGGCUAGUGUUCCAGUCUUUUCCUGGUUCGCAAUGCUGCUCAUGGAUGCUAAACAUCUCUCCUAUAAAGCUAUAACCCAGUAAAAGCAGCCUUUUUAUUAUAACUGCGGUUGAACGGGACACCACAGGCGAUGGGUUUGCUUACAAUUUUGAAGAAGAUGAAGCAGAAGGAGCGGGAGAUGAGACUGCUGAUGUUAGGACUGGACAACGCGGGGAAGACCACCAUCCUCAAGAAGUUCAAUGGAGAAGAUGUCAGCACCAUCUCCCCAACACUGGGCUUCAACAUCAAAACAGUGGAGCACAAAGGCUUUAAGUUGAAUAUCUGGGAUGUUGGGGGUCAGAAGUCCCUGCGCUCCUACUGGAGGAACUACUUUGAGAGCACUGACGGGCUGGUGUGGGUGGUGGACAGCGCUGACAGACUCAGACUGGAGGACUGCAAGCAGGAGCUCAGUUCACUACUGCUGGAGGAGAGGUUAGCUGGUGCAACGCUGCUGGUGUUUGCAAACAAACAGGACUUACCAGGAGCCCUGUCGAAAGAGGCCAUACGAGAUGCGCUGGCCCUGGAUGAGAUCAAAACUCAUCACUGGUGUAUCAUUGGUUGCAGCGCAGUAACGGGAGAGAAUUUGUUAGCUGGGGUGGACUGGCUGUUAGAUGAUAUUGCUGCAAGAAUUUUCACCACUGACUGAGUUUUUUUUUUUUUUUUUAACCGCAGCCUCUCAUGCCUAAACUCCUACAUGAUUCCAGGCUCAUUGGACUACGUAGAUUAAAAAAAAGGAGCCCCGUUGUCUUUGUUCCUUCAGCCGCUGCAACAUGCAGACUGUAUCCAUUACAGGAUUCACACCUGGCUUUUGUUCAAGUAAUCAAUAAAAUUCAUACAACGAAA